UUUCACCGGGUUGCUAAGCAACGACAGUCAGGUGACUGUCUGCAGACAUAACAUGGCUGUGCUGUCAGAAGACCAAUGAGGGAAAGGCCACAUUUAGCAUAAUCGAUCUUUAAAAAAAAACUUCUUCUGACCACAAUUGGCCGUUGUACGCAGCAUUUGAGCCGGACUGUUUGAGAUGAGCGCUUUGCAGGAGUUUAUGGCGAAUGGUCCAGAUAGGAACAACCUUUUGGAGAAAGAUGCUCACAUUUGGGAGAGACCGUGGAGCGUCGAGGAGAUUCGACAACACAGUGCCAACUGGUCUUUGGCUGCAGACUCUGGGCUUUUUCUCUACCUCCAAGACUUCUCCCAGAAAAUGUUGUCCAAGACGCAUGAGAUUGAAAAGCAGCUGGACAGCCUGAUCCGUGAUACCAAGGCCACAGACAGCCGCUUGCACUCCGUCUUCAAUGACUUUCUUAUGCUCUCAAAUACACAGUUUAUUGAAAAUAGGGUGUAUGAUGAAGAAGUGGAGGAGACUCUGUCAAAGCCUGAAGUCGUACAGAAGCAUCCAGAGCAGGAGAGGACGAGGGAGCAGAAAGAAGCAGAACUGAUCCCCAAAAUGCAGGAAGCGGUGAAUUACGGUCUGAAAGUUCUGGAGUCUGCAUUUGAGCAUUUGGACAUCAAAGCGGGGAACUCUGACUCAGAAGAUGAAGACGCUGCAGACAGAGAGGAGGCCAUCCUGGAGCCUAAGGAUCUUUACGUAGACAGGCCACUUCCAUAUCUGAUUGGUUCCCAAGCUUUUAUGGAGCAGGAUGAUGUUGGCCUUGGUGACCUUUCAAGUGAUGAAAUGUCCGUUUACAGCGACCGGGACAGUGUGAUGGAGGAGAGUGAAGAGGAAAAGGAGGCAAUUAAGUCGUCUCUGAGUUUUGAGGAUGAUGAAGAGGAGGAAGAAGAUUCCGACAUUUUUGGGGAUUCUGAUAAGGAUGAUGAUGAUGAUGCUAAGAGCACAGACGCGUCACUGUUUACGAAGGAGCUCAACGCUCGGAUCAGGGGGGAACCUGUAAGCAAACCUGAGGGAGAUCGCGCCUCUUUGGCAUCUAAGAGGAGUAAAGGCAGGACAGAAUCAAAGUCGGCAGCAUCACUGGCUGAUGAAGAGGACAGUGAUGAUAUGUUCAAGCCACCUAAGAUGGAUGAAGAGGAUGAUUACUCCCCGUUUGGAGGGAAAAGUGGCCUCUUCAGUGGCGGCAAAGGUCUUUUUGAUGAUGAUGAUGAGGGCGAUCUUUUUUCUGAAAAUUCCAAACCUGCAUCACAAGAAGGAAAAGCUGCAAACGAAAGCUUAAAAAGCACAGCUGCAGAAUCGAGCAAACCUAGCAAGAGAAUUCCCGUGGGAGCUGUGUCAAUAUUCCCAGAUAACAACCUCUUUGUAUCAAAGCAAGACUCAGAUUCAGAGGAGAGCAAAGGCAACGGGGCGCCAGCCACCAAGGAUAAUGUCAUUGGAGGGGGUGGGCUGUUCGAUAAUGACGAUGAAGACGAGGAUGACUUCUUUAGUGGAAACGGCCUGAAAAAGCCCAACUCCGUUGUGCAAGAGAAACCCAAACUCAAGAAAGCAGUCGACCUUUUUGAUGAUGAAGACGGGGAAGACAUCUUUAAUGAAAAGUACAGCCCUCAGCCGACUCAGUCCAAGAAGGAGGUGGUGGAGGAGAAAAAAAAAUCAUCUGAAAAAAAGAUGCUGCCAGGCGCCGUCUCCGUCUUUGGUCCUGGCACUAAAAGCUUACUCAGCGAAGGCCUGAAAAAACGUCAGCCGUCCACCAGCGAGGAGUCGGAAAAAUCCGAGGAGAAAGCUCUUGAUGCUGAUGUCGGCAAACCUUCUGCUGAGCGCACUCGGAAAGUCCAAACCAGAGGUCUCUUUUCUGACGAUGAAGACGCACCGAUAUUUCCAACAAUACCCAAGAGCCAAUCUCAGCCUGAACCUGCUAGCCAAAGAGAAGCUAGAAAAACCUCGUUCCUUUUGUUUGAUGAUGAGGAAGAGGAGGAUCUGUUUGCAUCUGCGGUUAAGUCGAAAGCAAAACCCUCCGGACCCCAACCAAGCAAAGCUGUGGCCAGCUCUCUUUUCAGCGACGAUGAGGACCAAUGGAUGAGUUCACAAAGCAAGCAGGUCAAGCCAGAACCCAAGUCGGGAGGGAUGAAGACCAGUACCAGCGCCCCGUCCAGCCUCCCCAGCACCAAAACAUCCAAGAAGAGUAGCUUGUUUGACAAAGACGAUGAUGAUGAUGACCUUUUUGCUCCGACAAAAGUAUCGAGUCAGAGGAAAUCCCCAAAAGUUGCUCUCCUGUUUGAAGAUGAAGGUGACGAUGAAGAUAAGGAUACCCUCUUUGGCAUCAAACCUGCUGUUAAUGCAAACACAGGAUCCCUUUUUAAACCCCCUUCUGGGAUCUCUGAGUCACCUGGAGCGUCGAAGAAGGUGACGAAGGAGCAGCCUUCCGCGCAGCAGAAACAGGAAGAGGAAAGUCCUUCACCUCCACAAGAGAGCGGUGAAAUCAAAAGGAAGCCGGCUGGAGGCGUCAGUCUCUUCGGCGGCAUUGAUGUUCUUGCUAGUAAGCAGGAUAGGAGUGACAAAGAGGAGGCUGAUGACAUCUUCCUCUCAAAGGACAGUCCACUAACAAAUGUUAGAGAUGAAGGGAAGGAAGACAAAGCAAAAAUAAAGACUGUCAGUCUCUUUGAUGAAGAGGAGGAAGAUGAGUCGAGUUGGAAAGAUCCUAUUGUCACACCAAAAAAGCCCACAGAAGAGAAGAUUCCAGAGCCCACAGAAGAGCGUCUGCAGAUAAACAGCACUGGUGUGUUCCUGGAUGAAGAGUUGCUGUUCAGUCAGACCCAACAGAAGGACAACGACCCAGAUGUGGACCUCUUUGCCGCCUCACCCAAUGCUUCAGUCGAUAGCUCCAAGCUCGGAUCCGCAAAAGACACAGCACAGAGUCUGUUUGCAGAUGAUGAGGAGGAUGAGGAUGACCUCUUCAGCUCCAUCAAACCAAAAGCUCCUCCGAAAGUAGCAGAGAAACCUAGAAAACCUACUGACAGAGCACCGCUUGCCAGUCCUGAGCCUGUGUCAGAGAUCCAAAAACCCGCUCCAAAGCCCGUAAAACCUUCAGAUUCCUCAUCCAGGAUUGGAAAACUUCAAGCCAGCCUGAUGAUCAACCCGACGGCAUUGCUGCCUGGUUCUGUAUCUAACAUGUCGGGGCCCCUGAGCUCCUCCUCUGGAGUAUCCAGCUCCAGCCUGAGUCCAAGUCCUGCCACAACUCCUAUUGAUGCUCAUACAGACAGUGAAAUAGGAGUGAGCUUUGAUACUCCUGUCCAAUUCUCCACUUUACAGAGUGCACACAAGGAUCGUGUCAAAGGUUCUGCACUCCGAAGACCCCAAUCUAGAGCAGCAAGACAACAAGCUGCACAGAAGUCUAAUGAAGCAGACGAGUCUGACUUUUUAGUGCCAAACUACGGUCACUCCAGUUUAGAUUUACCUCAGCCCAAAGAGUCCAGCCAAACACACCUGAGUCCGACUUUGCCUAACUCUACGACACCUCCGAUCUUCCCCACUCCUUCCCCCUCUCAAGCCUCGCUCUCUGAAAGCUCCCCCAGACCAUCAGAAUUACCGCUGCCGGGUUCAACAAGUUCUGGAAAAAAGGUCCAUGCUAAGAAUAGCAGAGGUGUGAAGUUACCGCUGUCAUCCGAUGAAGAUGACAUCUUUGGUUCUGACGAUCUGUUUGGGCCGACGCCUAACAAGAUUUCCUCUAGAGAAACCUCCACCGGCCCCCUUCAGGCUAGUAAUGCAGCAGCGGUGAAGAAGGACAAGGAAAAAAGCCCAGUUUCAUCCAUUUUUGAUGACAAUGCUGAUGACCUUUUCCAAAGUGUUAAACCACGGGCAGACAUUAAAAAAGCUACAACCUCGUCAUUUUUGGAAGAAGAUGAGGAUGACCUGUUUGGACUGAGCCACAGUUCCACAUCCACGAGCAGUAAAGACUUCAGAAGUAGUAGUGGUUUUUCAAAACAGGACAUCUUUCAGGAUGAGGGGCUCUCUGGGCCUAAACCUGAUAAGAAAAACAGGGAGAAGACCAUUGACGCAAGUUUGUUUGACGAUGACGUCGACAUUUUUGCAGAUCUGUCCGACACUUUAAAACCCAAACAAAAGUCUAAAACAAAGGGAGAGAUCACAUCAAUAUUUGAUGAUGACAUGGAUGACAUUUUUGCAGUGAAAACGGUAAAACCAGCGGCAAAAGCUCCCCAAAAAUCAGUGAAAGCAUCUUCCCAGGAAAACAGUACAGCGGCGAACUCAAGCAACUUGUUUGAUGAUCCACUCAAUGCUCUGGGUGGAAACUGAUUUUUAAAGGCUCAACUUGUACAGUUGUAGAUCCCUUCUUAUGACGUUGACAAUAAUUCAAAGAUAUUAAACACUGUUGAUAGAGUAUUUAUUGCUAAAAAUUCAUUCUGUGGCUUAUUUUUGACAGAUGACUAAAAUGAACAUUGUCAAAAUCUUGGCAUCUUUGUUGAUAUAAACCGAUGGUCUUUAUAAUACAUAGUAGCACUUUAUAAGCAUAGCAUAUGCUUAACUAUGUGGCCUACAGAUAUAAAACAGAGAUUUUUCUUUUUUCUAUUGGUCUUUUGCCUAGUGAGAUUCCAUUUGUUUUGUUGUGUGCCAUAUGCUUAUGAGAUAUCAAAAUGUUCACUGUCUUAAAUCAUUUUGAUAAAUGUAAUAAGAAAUUUAAUCAUUUCUUAACUUUGGCUGUGAUUUAAAAUGAAAUUUGUUUUUAUAACUAAAAAAUCUUUUUGCUGAA